AUGAGUAUUACAAAAAUUGAUAUGUUUUCCUCCUAGUUUUUUUUUAAUUUCGGGAAUUCUCAGCAAAUUAAAAAAGGUACACUUAUUGGAGCGCUGUUGACUAUUGCUGUUAUAGCCUCUAUUAUGACCUACUUUGCAUAUCUUACGAUUUAAUAUUUUAACAAUAAAAUUGAUCCAAAAUAUAAAUCUUAAAACUUUAUAACUGAUGAUCUAGUAGAAGUAGAUCUAACCAGCGAUUUAGUCGGUUUUCGAUUUGAAUACGACGUUAAUAAGAAUAUUUUAGACUUAGAAGCCUAAUAAAACUAAAAGUAUGUGGUUUUUAAAGCUUUUUUUAAUUACUAAAAUAGCACAUUUGCAAGCAUGACUCCUAUUGAUAUAGUAAAUUGCACUAAUCCAUAACUUGAAGGCUAUUUAUGCAUAGAUUUUUAAAAGGUUUCCAAUUUUACGCUAAAUCUUAACACAAAAUCAAACUAUAAAACUGCUCUUUAUGUUUUAACUUAGGGUUGCUUAGAUAUUAAUGGAAUCUAAUAGACAACUGAAUCUAAUUGUGCUAGCUAAGAUUAAAUUGAUAGCAUUUUUAAUGGUGAAAAAGCUACCGUGCGUACAAAAUUACUUAGUGCUCAGUUUAACACAACUUCAAAACAAAAAUAAUCAAGCUAUAGAAAUAACUAUAUGUACACCUCAGCAGAUUAAGCUAUUUAUGUUUAAUAUAAAUUGCAAAAACAAAUUACAACAGUUUAGUAAGGUUUUUUAAUUCAAUCAACAAGCACUUAUGAAUCUCCUUUUCAAUAUGAAUAAAUUUAUUCAACCAGUCUUAGGAAUUCCUCUACAAUAUAAGGAGGUAUAAUACUCCCAUAUUGCGAGUUUGUUAUAUCUAUGGAUGAAAUUUUUUAUCAAAUCACUGUUCAAUAUCCAACUUAUCCAGAAAUUAUGGCUUUGGUAAACAGUGCGCUAGCUUUUUUGAUGACAUUAGGAUUCGUAGGUAGAUACUUAGCUCAAAAACUCAUAAAAUAAGAAUUUUUCUUACUUUUCCUGUAGAAUAUGUAUCAAGACACCUAUGAAUAAAUUAUGCAAAUUAAUAAUUUAUUCUAAAAAAACGAUGCAAUUUAUUUUCAAAAGAUGUCUUUGAAAAAGAGUGUUAAUGAAGAAUUUUAAGUUUAUUAGUAUUCACCUAAAAUAACCGUUCCUUACUUUAGAGCUAAAAAUAAUUCUCUUGCUAAAAAAUUUUCAUAUAAAAUAACUAAAGAAAAUGUUUUUUAAACUUAAAUUAACCAAAAAAGAGAAUCUGAAUAACAAAAUUUAUAAACAGAAUAAGAAAAAAUAGAAUAGAUGAAUACAAUUAUGAAUUAAAAUGAAAAAAGCUCCUUUUUUGAUAAAAAAAUGAUUGAUAUUCAGAAAUUUAAUUCGAUAGAUGCUCUUUAAAGCCCAUACUCACCCACUUUAUAAGCAUCUCCUAAAUAAAAUUUUUUUGACUCUAUAGAUGAAAGUUCUUACUAACUAGGAUAUUAAUAGUUAAUAAACAAUUUAAGUAAAAGCGGUCAAAACGAAAAGAAAAUAAGGUUGACUAUUGGAUAAAGAAAAUAGUAAAAAUGUUAAAAUUUAAAAACUGACUAAGUUAAAAAAAAUAGUUAAUCUGACAGUUCAUAACUAAAAUAAGAGAUGAUUGAAAAUUUAAAUAAAAAAGAGAUUAAUUCAUAUUACACAAAAAAAUUAGAGGUAAUUUAAAACUAAAAAGUGUGCAAAAACAUUCAAGAUAUAAUUUUUGGAAAAAGAUUUUGCAAGAAAAAGAAGGAAUAGAAUGGUCAGCAGUUAGAUGAAACAUCGAAGAAAUUGAUUGAAUCCUAGGUUGAAAAAAGCUUAGACAUAUUGCAAUUGUAUCAAGAUAUUAUCUUUUUGAAGAAAGCAGUAAUGGUCAUAUUGAGUAAAGAUCAAUUAGCGACAAUAAAACUUAUUGGUUGUUCUCCAUACUUUUUAAACAAAGAAAUCAAUUAGAAAACAAAACACCUUUCUCAGUCAUCCCAAAUGAGAAAAAGAAACUAUUUUGAGGAAUAGUUUACUAUAUCUUUGUCAUAAGAUCUCUAGAAGAAGUACAUCACUAAAUUCCUAGAAAAGUGUUAAAACAGCAAUGAUUUAAGUGAAAUAGACUAUAGAAUUCUAUCAUCAGUAAUUAGAAAUAAAAUCAACUGA